UUCACAAUGAGCAUCACCCUCAAUGCCCAAGACUUUACAGGCGUGGCCUACGCAGAACAAGAGGAAGUCUACUUCAACGAUGGCCGCGAAAAGGAGCUUUUGGACUAUGUCCUCAACCACCCAUCAGUGUCAGAAAUAAGGGGCCACCCACAGAGGGUCCUCGACGUGAUUGACGAGUUUGGCCGCAAUCAAAAGUAUCUGAUGAACAUUGGGGAGUACAAAGGCAGGACAGUCCGCGAAAUCAUCUACAAGCACAAGCCGGCGACCAUGGUAGAGCUUGGAGGGUACGUUGGCUACUCGGCUGUUGCCUUUGCGGCUGCUGCCAGAGAAGCCGGUGGCGAGCGAUAUAUCAGCAUCGAGCAUAACCCUUACUUUGCCCACGUCAUUGAGAAGAUGGUUGAGCUUGCUGGACUGAAGGAGUUUGUAACUGUUGUGGUGGGCGACAGCACGGAGGCGUUGAAGGGACUACACAACAACGGGACGCUCAAGCACAUUGAUUUGUUGUUUCUGGAUCAUCUCAAGCCGCUCUAUACGCAGGAUCUGCAGCUAUGUGAGGAGCUGGAGCUUGUUGGGCCUGGCACCGUCCUCGCUGCUGAUAACGUGGUCAAGCCUGGCAACCCGCCGUAUUUGCGAUACGUUAGAAGUACCGUGGCCGAGAAGCGCGAUGCAAAGGCCAAAGCGAUGCACAUGGACGCCACAGGUAACCCGAACCUCAUAUACGAGAGCCAAUUCGUGGAAGGAUGGGAGCCCAGUGGAGUACCUGAUGCUCUAGAGAUUACCCAUUGUGUUGGUAUUGAGAGCUAUUGACCUGUUUAUAUCAUUAUGUGCGCACACAAGAAAGCUUUGCCAGAGAGGUUACCCUGCCCAGUGCCCAUAUAUAAUAACAAAUGUAACGAUCUCUGGC